UUCGUUUAACAGCGCUAGCACUACGCAGUAAACAUCGUUGUUGUUGCUGUUAAUUCAAUAGCUCGUGAAAGGAAACGUGGGUCAGUUUAAGUUCGUAGGGUGGAACAGGUGUUUUGAUUAGGACUAGUGUGCGCCAUGCAGUGGCACUAAUUUCUGGGGGGAAAAAGGGACAACGACAUGCUGGUAGACAGUGGAAUGGACUUAGCGUAUCACUGCCCCAAAUUUCCCGCUACUAACAAGAAAGUAGACCAAUACUCAGUAAAACAAGUGACACUGGAGUUUUAUCUUCAAGAUGGCAGACACCACCAGACCGUAGUAGAGGAAGGCUUACGGGCUUCAGAUCUCUGCAAUUUACUAACUUUGAAAUUUAGCCUUACCCGCUCUUUUAUGUGGACAAUUUUGGAACAGUUUUCCGACCUUGGAAUCGAGAGAAGUCUUGAGGACCAUGAAGAAGUCUUUCAGAUGUAUACGGAUGAUUGCAAUCUUUGUUCUUAUAACAGGAAAUUUAUAAUGAGGCAGAAUUGCAACAAAUAUCAGUUCUUACAGAAUCCUGAGGUAUUACUGUUAAUGCUUUACGUUGUUAAGUUUAAUUUAAAAAUUAUGAUUGGUUGAAGUGUCUGC